GCGCGCCGAGCCACCGCCCCCGCAGCUGCAGCCGCAGCCGCAGCCGCCCCCGCCCGGACUCCGACGCGUGGUGGCCAACUGUCCUGGGAACGUCUGUCUACCUGUCCUACAGGAGCCGGGCCCAGCCAGCCUGGUGAGUGCUGGGUCUAGCUGUCCUCCCAGUCAGGGGCCUGCUGCUGUGGGCUGUCUGACUCCCCAGCCCCAGGAUGGGCGAGUUCAGCGAGAAGAAGGAAACAUGCGGCACCGUCUGCCUCAAGUACCUGCUCUUCACCUACAACUGCUGCUUCUGGCUGGCAGGCCUGGCCGUCAUGGCGGUGGGCAUCUGGACGCUGGCUUUCAAGAGUGACUACAUCAGCCUGUUGGCCUCCAGCACCUACCUGGCCACAGCCUACAUCCUGGUGGUGGCUGGCGUCGUCGUCAUGGUGACCGGUGUCCUGGGCUGCUGCGCCACCUUCAAGGAGCGGCGGAACCUGCUGCGCCUGUACUUCAUGCUGCUCCUGCUCAUCUUCCUCCUGGAGAUCGUUGCAGGGGUCCUGGCCUACGUGUACUACCAGCAGCUGAACACGGAGCUCAAGGAGAACCUGAAGGACACCAUGACCAAGCGGUACCAGCAGCCAGGCCAUGAGGGCGUGACAAAUGCCGUGGACAAGCUGCAGCAAGAGUUCCACUGCUGUGGCAGCAACAACUCCAAGGACUGGCGCGACAGCGAGUGGAUCCACUCGGGGGAGGCAGGUGGCCGGGUGGUCCCUGACAGCUGCUGCAAGACCGUGGUGGCUGGCUGCGGGCAGCGGGACCACGCCUCCAACAUCUACAAGGUGGAGGGCGGCUGCAUCACCAAGCUGGAGACCUUCGUCCAGGAGCACCUGAGGGUCAUUGGAGCUGUGGGCACUGGCGUGGCCUGCGUGCAGGUCUUUGGCAUGGUCUUCACGUGCUGCCUGUACCGGAGCCUGAAGCUGGAGCACUACUGACCUGCCUGGGGCUCGGCCCCAAGGCUCCCCACGUCCUGCUGUGGCUUCGUACCCAACUACUGAGCUCCGGGUGGCUGGGGUCCUAGGAUCCCACCCACCCCUGUGCCAUCACUCUGACCUCUGGGGACCCCAACCCCAGAGGCGGCUGCAAGUGCCUUUCUCUGCACUCCAAAGUCCUGAGGCCUGAAGAAGGGGGAAGGGGUGGCCGUCCUGUCUGUUGGGGCCCAGGGGGGGUGGGUUUUGACAGUGAAGCACCCUGUCCCACAGGCCACUUCUUUUGGGGUGGCCUCUUGGGGUCUUAGGGGCACUCCAUGCCUGGUUCAGCCCAGGGGAGUGGCUUGAGGCGGGCUCCCCGGACACACUCCCUGCCUGGUGGUCAGAGGCAGCUCGGAAGGGCCUUGCAGGGUGGGUGCUGGGCAGGGCCAGGCCCUCUGUGCCACUGGCCACACUCGCACAGGCCCUUCAGCUGCUGGUGCCUCUUCCUGGAGCUACGUGGCCCCCCCGGGCACUCGGGGGAAGCUGAGUGCUCCCCGACCCUUGGGCCUGUGCCUCCCCCGUCCCCACACGCUCAGCCACACCCCUAACAGCCAGAGCCCCUGCUUUUUCCCGUUGCUGUCACUACCCUGUAAAAUGCCACGUGUUCAUUUGUGGAUUGCCACGUCCCCGAGUGGGGCAGGUGUUACUGGUUUGUUCACUACUGUACCCUAGGUGCCUAGAACUGCCUCUGCCACACGACAGUGCUCAAUAAAGCUGUCGUGGCGUGGACGGGCGCCUGCUGUGUU